AGUGAUGUAGUUCUCCGAUCAUGAUUUCUUAUAUUUAGAGAUGAUUUAGGUUAAGGUGUUAGUAGAGAUACUAUAUCGUUACCUCAAGUAGAGCACGCUGAUACUUACCUCCCAUCUCUUCGCGACCUACUUCCAGUUCCAUUUGAAUUCCUAGCGCUCCCAGACCAAUCCCAAUCAUCAAAAUGUCCCUCUUCGUCUCCACCAAACAUUUGAGCAACAUGAACAUUCUCUCCGGGUGCCUCCUCUUGCUUCUCCACCUGCCUCACCCUUCAAGCGCCUUGCAUUCGAAUCCGGCUUGCCAAUGCAUCGGAGAACUCGAGGCUGAAGCAUUUCCUUCUGACAUGUCUUAUCGACUAAAUGCGACUACCCUUAUGGUCCC